AUGGGAAGAAGGCCUCCUUGUUGCGAUAAAUCGCAUGUUAAGAAAGGGCCAUGGACUGCUGAAGAAGACGCCAAGAUUCUUGCAUAUGUUGCUAGUCAUGGAAUUGGAAAUUGGACUUUGGUUCCUCAAAAAGCAGGUCUUAAUAGAUGCGGGAAGAGUUGUAGGUUGAGAUGGACGAAUUAUCUUAGACCGGAUCUUAAACAUGAUAGUUUUACUCCUCAUGAAGAACAACUUAUUUUGAGGUAUCACCAAGCCAUUGGUAGUAGGUGGUCUCUAAUCGCAAAGCAACUACCAGGAAGAACAGACAACGAUGUAAAGAAUCAUUGGAACACAAAACUAAAGAAAAAACUUUCCAAAAUGGGAAUCGAUCCCAUCACCCAUAAACCCUUCGGUCAACUCCUUUCCGAUUACGGAAACAUAAACGAAAUCAUCCCAACCACAACCACCCGCCCCAUCACCACCACCGAUCACCUCCACCGAGAACCACCAGAUUUCUCACACGCAGACAGUUCAUUAACAAUAAUCAAUCCAUUCCAAGACCAACACCACCAACUAAACCUUCUCACCCCUCCCCAUUUUCACAUCAAUGAAGCCGCCUCAUCUUCCACGUCAUCACCCGCAUCAAAACCCCCACAAGUGAAUUUACCAUCUUCUCCCUCCAUUUGGUCCGACUACCUCAUUGGUGACCAAGAACAAGACUACACAAACGAAUCCGAUCUUGGGAUUAUUUCAGGUGAAAACACAUAUAGUUACAAUGGAUCGGGAACAGGAUCAGGAUUAGGGUUAGGGGUAGAUCCGUCAAAGAACAUAUUAGACAUCCCGACUAAUUCUAUUUCUUUUGUCGAGUCUAUUUUGAACCGGGACCGGGAAAUGCAAUUGGACUUUCCGCCAUUAUUCGAUGGGUAUUUCCGAGUACUGAAGGAGUCUAGUUUCCUGUACACUCCGGAAAAUAUUCUCAUUGAAAUUCCUUUUUCUUUUUAA